CGCCAUUUGUAACGAACUGACGAGUAGCACAGCAACAAAACAAACGCUUUUACAGAGUCAGAUUACUGAGUACAUGUAAUUGGUUAGCAACUAAACAAACGGAAAUAAAUGAUAACAGCUUUUAGAACAUCUUCUGGACCAUCACAAAUUAUAUAGAUAUAAAUAGCAGGUAGAAAGUACAGACUCGGAGCAUAAUUGGAUGUGUGACAUGUAGUUUAUUUGACUUUUACCAAUAUUUUAACAGUAAAAAAAGUGAAGUUUCUAUCCCUUAUUGGAUGAGUCCCAGACAAUUUUCAAGACUGGUACCCAUAUUACAGCACACAAAAUCCAGUCUGCCAAGUUCUGUGAGAUUUUCUGUGACAUAUUCUACGCGUCGAGUACAGACAAGCACCAGAGUUAGUUUCCAGUUUGAUAAAAUGGCAUCUACCAGUGGAGAGAGGGUAUUAGUGUAUUUGGAGAAUCAACAGUCCGGCUCAUUCACAAAAGCCCAUUUUACUGAGUGUAUUGUGGACUUCAUAGAUAAGCAGAAUAAAGAAGGUGUAUGCCUUGGUUUGGUAGAACUUAGAGAUGGCAAACUGCAUAUAUCAUCCGCAGAUAAAGAUAACAAAGACACAGUCAAAAUCAAGCAUCCACCAUUUUGUCCCAUACACCACAUGACAGAUGAGAACAAGUCAUCUUUACCACCUGAUAUCUACUCAAGGGGCAUUGAUUGUGGAGCAGCUGUUAUAUUGGAGUCUGGGGAUGGUCAGAUCUUCCUCACCCGCAGGGGAGACCAUUUGAGAACUUUUCCUGGAAUCUGGGUGCCUCCAGGUGGACAUAUAGAACAGAAUGAAACUUUACUGGAAGCUGGCUUACGAGAGCUGAAGGAAGAGACAGGUUUACAUAUCACACCAGAUAUGUGUCAUCUAGAUACAGUUCAUGUUCUAGCUGUCUGGGAGUCUGUGUUUCCACCAAAACUGACGCUGGGUCAGAGUAAACGCCAUCAUGCCGUUGUUUACCUUCAUGCGAAGUUAAAAUCCAAAUACACAGUUCACAGUUUAAAUUCUGAGGUCAAGAUUGACCCUGGAGAAGUAGGGGCGUGUGCUUGGUUUGACAGGUCAAAGGUCAAGGCCAUUGUGUCUGCUAGGGAAGAAACGGCACAACAAAAAGAUUUUGAAAAAGUCUGUGAUACAUUUAGUGCGAUAGUGUUAGAUGAUGACAACAAGCAGAAGGAACAACAGCUACCAUUUGAAGAUUUACUGAAGACUUCAGGUGACACAAAGGAUCAGAAGGGUAGAGUUAGUACUGGUACAAAGUUUGCUCUUGAGGAAUGGUUAGCAGUGUAGCUAGCAAUAGCUAGUAGGUUUGUAAUCUAUAUAACUAAUAAACUCACUAAGUAACUGUAACAGUGUGUACACCUUCCUGACCUUCACCUUGGAGACAGGAGGACAUCUAUUGUAUAUGCAUACUACAUCACAACAAUGCUUUCACCAUAUCAACUGUGAUCUUUAUUGUGAACAUUUACUCUGGUGCGGAGACUCUGUCAUUAAAUGAUUAUGAAAAUUCAGCUAGUGGCAAAAACAGUGUAACUGUGAAAGAAGCAAAGACAGUUAUAAAAAUAGUGUAAUUGUGAAAGAAAUUUAAGGUUUAUACAAAAACAGUAAACUGAUAAUAGCGUGAUAAAAUAAGGUCAACUUGAUAAUUAUUCAAAUUUUAAUUUUCAGGUCUGUGCCAUAAGAGAAACUCUUGUAGAAAUUAUGUAAUAUACAUUUAAUUUAAAUACAAAACGUCUAAAAGAACAUAAUUUCUUAUAAAAUAGUUGUUGUUAUAUGUGUUUUUACAGAUACUUUAUUUGAUGACUAUGUUAUUUUUGUUAUCUGAAAAGAGAUGUCACACAUAAUGUAUAUAAGCAUCAGAAUAAAUGUCAAAAUUA